UCAGAGACGAGGUUGAUAGAAGCUCCAAAUUCAAAAUGGACACGUCAAGAACAUCAACAUUCGGUUUUAUAUAGUUACAAUUUGAGUAAUUAUAGGUAUUGAGACGAAGUAUGGCAGCAAAAAUAGAUGCGAUCGAAAAUAUAGAUAUUGAUUCUGUUUCAGAUAUAGCUGAAAUUAAACGGCUGUAUACAUUGCUGCAACAGAAAGAGCAAGAGCUUGAUGAAGAAUUGGACAGUAUUCUUGACAACCGUUUAAUUGUUGAUUCAAAGGUUGAAGCCAUACAAAAUCUUGUGCCAAACAUAGAGGUUCUGACUGAAAAUGCUAAACAUUUAGAGCAUGUUAUAUCAGAUACAAAUCAGUUAGCAGAAAAGGUCAGCAGCAAAGUGAGAAUAUUGGAUCUUGCAAAGAGCAGGGUUCAGGACACAAUAAAGAGGGUAGAUGACAUUCUUGACUUGAAGUCUUGUGUGGAAGGAGUUGAAACUGCUUUACGCAAAGAAGAAUUUGAACAGGCUGCUGCAUUUAUACAUCGAUACCUCAAUCUUGAUGAGAGAGCCUUAAGAGAGAUCCUGCCAGAUAAUUCUGAGGGUACUGAUUUGAAGCAUUCAUUCAAUUUCUUGCAUGAUGCACAAGGCAAAUUGCAACAGAUUGUAAGGGACAAGUUUGAUGCUGCAGUGAGCUCUAACUAUAGUGCUGCCGUUGAGAGAUUUUUCAAGCUUUUCCCACUGGUUGGAAUUGACGAUGAAGGCCUUACAAAGUUUUCUCAAUAUUUGCGGAAGCAGAUUGAAGCAAUGGGUGAAAUCAACUUGGAUACUGCCAUCAAGAUUAAUCCACAAGAUAGAAGAGCAAAUGUCAUCUUUGCAGACACAUUGACACUGCUGUUUGAAGGCAUUGCAAGAAUAGUAGAAGAUCAUCAGCCGUUGGUUGAUACCUAUUACGGUCCUGGCAGGAUGGUUACUGUUUUAAAGGCAUUGCAGGAAGAGUGUGACAUCCAGUCACAAAAAAUUGUUGAUCAAUUCAUCAUAUCACGCAAGUUUAAGACAAUGUUCGAUGCAGUAAAGAAAAGCACAGCUGCCACUAAGUCAACAUCUUCUUCCACAUCUCAGCAAAGGCUUGAUCCACGUGAGUUGGACAUCCUGCUUGGUGAAGUCGUUUUGCUAAGUGCAAGAACAGAGCUCUAUGUUGGCUUUUUGCGCAGAAGACUAAGGGCCGAUCUUAAUGGCAUACAAAAAGAGGAGAUGGGAGAAGAUCUCACUGCUUUGGAGGCUCGUCUCAUUUCGAAUUCUGGCCUAAGUCAAAAGUUACAGACUUUGAUUGGGGACUACAUCUUCAUGGAAGAAUAUUUUAUGAAGGAGAUGAUAUUCAAGGCCGUAUCCUUAGAUUCAACAGAGGAUGAUACUUUGAUAUCAAGCAUGGUUGAUGACGUUUUCUUUGUCAUGCAAAAGUCACUCAUGCGAACUAUUUCGACAUCAAACAUGGAUGCAAUCUGCGCCAUGGUGAAUAAUGCGAGCUCAAUACUGCUUUCAGAGUACAAAGAUGUUCUACGGGUCAGAAUCAAAAGUGGGUACCCUUCAUCGAGUCUCGAUAUAUCAGGGAUGAUCCAAGGUGCGGUCAAAAUGCAAACCAGUAGCCAAAGUCAGGAUGCAGCAAAAUUAAAAAGAAACUUUCUGAUUGCUCUAAAUAACAUUGAAGUUAGCAUCAAUAAUUUAAAAAAGCUAAGAGCUACAAUUGAGAAUGAAUGCCGGAGACUGUUCGAUCAGAUUGGAUCACGAGGAAAGGACAAAGUAGAGAGCUGCCUUACUGAUAUGACAUCAUGCACACAAAGUUUGAAAGACCUUUUACAAGCGGGAAUUUCACAGCUUUGCAACAAUGGAGUUUUACCUAAACUGUCAAGUCUUAUAGAAGGCUUUUCAAGCAUUAACCAUGUUAUAUCUGAGGAUGAGUUUUCUUUAUAUGAAGUCAACGAUCCUUUUGUUCAGAAUUUUAUCGCAAACUUAGACAAAGGCUUGUCAUCAUUAAAGGAUUCUCUGACAACAUCAAAUCAUGAAAAUGUAGUCAACCUUGUGUGCUCUGAAUUAGCAACAAGAUUAGAGAAAUCGGUGAUGAAAAGCUCUUAUAACAGGCUUGGUGGCCUGCAGUUUGACAAAGAGCUUCGUGCACUUGUUGGUUACUUAACAAAUAUAACUGAAUGGACAGUGAGAGACAAAUUUGCAAGGCUAACUCAGAUCGCAACUAUAUUGAACCUAGAGAAGGUCGGAGAGCUGCUGGAUUAUUGGGGUGCAAAUUCAGGUCCUAUGACUUGGCGGUUGACACCAGCAGAAGUACGCCAGGUUUUGAUUCUAAGAGUCGAUUUUAGGACUGAAGACAUUCAACGAUUGAGAUUGUAACUUAUAAAUUGAGAGGUCUGGAGUUGAAAGAAAACUAAGGGCAGGUAUCUUUCAAACAAGACUCAUUUUCAUCGUGUAUUGUAUCAAAAUGAACACAAUAAAGCAAUUUGCAGACAUUAACAGAAAUUCGCAAGCUGUUAAUGAUGAUUUUCUAUAGCUAGACGCACGCAAUCAGACGGGAGAUAUCUCAACGCCAUAAUAGAUGACUUCUGUCGUUAAUUUCUACCUUCUUAAAGCCCAAGCAGCUUCUGUCGAAAAGACUAUUACAUUGGUUCUAUUUGCCACGAGUUGAUAAGCCAAAAGGCCAUCCCUGUCAUCUACCUAUCGCUUGAGAUUGUUACUAGAUUAAGAGUUUCAUUAUUCCUCCCCCUGUUCCCUUCUGCAAUGAUACAGCACGGCCCUUCUAAAUUCCACUGAUUGGCCUAUUGUCAAUAGAUCAAUUGGCAAUAGAAUCCCUUCUUUUGCCCUCAAAUCCCGAAUCCAGAAUCAAGGUCCUCAAGCGAGUCAUCAAGAUUUCCGUCCAGGACUUUGCUGUCCACUGCUUCUUCGGUAUACUGCUGGUACUCUGCGAUAAGGUCACUCAGAUUUGAACUGGCCUAUGAAAUAAAACAUCGGUUACCAAUUCAAUAUAGAACGUCCUGAUUUGGCUACUAUCGCCCAUCUUUCUAGAAAUAAACAACCGAUUUUCGAAAUCUCUAUGUAUUUGUUUAAAUCUCUAUCCAUUCAAAGUCUGUAAUGCUCAAAGUUCGAUCACAAUUUGCGUUCGUCAGUAGAUGUAAAAUUUGGGUAGAGAAGCAAUUAAUUUUGUUUUUGGGCAAGCUAAGACUUAAAGCCCUGGCCAAACGAAUAAGACAUCAUACAACAUUGUUGCAUAAAACAUGUUUUAUUCGUUUGGCCACCAUGUUUUACGAUGUUUUACGAUGUUUUACGAUGUUUUACGAUGUUUUACGAUGUGUUAUGAUGUUUUGCAUAGUUUGAUUUCCAUCAAACAUCUCGUAAAACAUCUCUUUUGUUUUCAUGUUUGAUCAACAAUGUUGCGUUCGUUUGGCCACCCCUUAAAACAUUUAUUUUACGCACGCAAGCGUAGUAGGUUAAAAUUCGGCAAACACAACGCAGUAACUGUAGGAAACUGUGCGGGAGCGCUUGAACAUCACAGAUAUUUUAACAGUUGUUUGAUUCGUUUGACCAGGUCAUAAAACAUCGUCCAACAAUGUUGGUACAAUAAUGUUUGACAAUGCUUAACGGAUGUUUUAUAAGUUUGGCCGGGCCUUAAUAUGUUUUUUUCUAGCCUAAGCAAAUGUAGAAUUUCUCAAGAUGAAUAUUGAGUAUUAUAUAGCAAUGACUGCAGUA